AUGUCAUUCUCCAAAAGGCUGAAACAGUGCUUGAGUACAAUCGCACUUGAUAGCCAUGGUCCGUUCUCUAACCUAGCUGAACUCAAGACGCAUCCUGCUCACCUCGCUGUAUUCAUUAACUACCUGCUAUCAAUUGAUAGUCCUAAUAGCUUAUUCUUCUAUGUGAUUACGGAUGCCUUCCAAAGUGCUCAAGGUUCCCCAAAAGACUUCAGACGAUGGGCGUUUGAAAUCUUCACUACGUUUGUCAUCCCAAACUCGCCAUUGGUUAUUCCAAACUCGGACCAAAGCAUCAUUCAGCCUAUCGAUAAGAUUCUUGCCACAACGUCUGAACAGAUAUGUGAAGCAGAUGUAGAGAUUCUGAAACGGGUAUUCGUUCCUGGUCGUCAACGUGCUGUCGCCGAUAUCAAUGAACAUAUGGCUAAUUUUCGGCAAAAGCGGCAGUUAGGUAAGCGCUUUUCUCAGUUGUAGCA